AUGACGCAAGCAACCGCGGCGUCCACAGCCCCGACCAACGCCGUCAAGCUCCUGCUGCGGGCAGCCAGGAACCAGUCGCUGCGGACUUUCCCCCGGCCAACCGCCGCUCACGCCCAUUCAUCCCACUAUGGGCAAGCCUCGUCCGCAGCCGCCGCCGCCUUCCUCCUAGAUACCACCCACGACGCCACCCUCUCGUACCAAGAUACCCUCGUCCUCGUCGCACGCAUCGCAGAUCGCCUCCGCAGCCUCGACCCCGGGCACACCAAGACUCCCACUGUGCACGGCCGGCCCACGUCAAGGCCAACGCUCGCCCUCGUCUCGCCGUACAACCAGCCGUCGCAGAUCCUCUGCCUGUUCGCGGCCUGGCUCGCUGGCUGGAGGGUCGCCGUGCUCCCCGUCUCGAUCUCCACGCCCCCCGCCCUCCUCGAGGCCAUGCUCAAGCUGGCCCAACCCAGCCUCGUCCUCGCUAGCCAGACAGCCCAGUGCUACGACCGCGCAGCCGCCGCGCUGGCGUCCGAACUGCAGGGAUCGCAGCAUCGUCCGCAGCUCCUCACCUUUGCCGACUUCUUCCAGCCGCUGCUGCCUGCGUCGAACGCGACACCGAAUCGGGACCCGCUCCUCGGUGAGCUGGCAGGCGCUACCACUUCUUCAACUCGCUCUUUGAGCCUGCCCGACGCUGGCUUGGACCUCUCCCACCUCGACGACGACCCGGACUCUCCGGCACUCGUUCUCUUCACGUCGUCGGCCAUCUCGCGAGAGACGGUCAAAGCGGUCGAGCUGACGCACAGGUUCCUCUACCUCCAGGCAGAGGGAAGCCUCGGCCUCGUGUCCUUUGACCGCGUGCCGCGCGUCCUCGGAUGCUCCUCGCUCAACCAUGCUAUGGGCAUCUACAUCGAGCUGUUUGCAUUCGUGCUGGGAACCGGAGGCACCUACCUGUUACCGUGCCAUCCCGACCUGCUCGGCCAGAGGCGUGGGCUGCUGGGCGAAGAGUGCGCCCACGUCCUGCGUCAGCCGGCUUCGCGGGCGACAGCCGCCGCGGCGACGCCCGGCCUCGUCAAGGCGUGGAUGGGCGAGGCCGACCUGCUGCCUCACCUGCGCAGGCUCGACAUCCUCCCCGUCGCGGGCGCCGACAUCGACGUCGGUCUCUUCCACCAGGCGCGGGCCGAGUCGGUCCCCAUCGCCCCCUGCUACGGCAUGACCGAGAUCGGUGUCGCCGCGUAUGGCCGGCCCGCGACCUCGGACCGGCUCUCGGGCUCCGCCUUCCGCUCGAUGCAGCUCACCCACGUGCUCUCGACCCCCGGCCGGCCUGACGCCGGCGACUUUGCCUCGAGCGGCUUCGUCGGUCACGUCGGGCAGCUCGUCAUCGACGCCAGCAGCUACAUUUUCAGCGGCUACUACCUGCUCGAUGGCCGCGGCGACAUCUCCUUCAAGCCACACACGGGCGCAUACGGCACGGGCGACCUGGUCGAGUUCUCCGACAGCGAUGCGGAUCCAUGCUGCCCCUCGUUCACCUUUGUCUCUCGCAUCGACGAUACGAUCCAGCUCGAGAGCGGAGACAAGGUCCUCGCCGGCCUGUUCGAACAGGCGCUCGACUCCUGCGAAGGCAUCGCCCGCUCCUUUGUCUGCGGCGACCAGGAGGCCACCGCAAGGCAGAGUCGAGCUCUCGUGGCCUACGUCGAGCUCGAUGUCGAGGGCGCGGCAUUACCUCGCUCGGUCCAGCAACGCUGCAUCGCCCGCGCCGUGGCCAAGGUCAACGCCACCGUCUCGGCGCCGGCCCGGAUCUCGCCCCACCGCGUCAAGGUGGUCGACCACCUUCCUAUCACGUCCAAGAAUGCCACCUUCCGCAAGAAGAUCAAGGCGGAGCUGCGGGCGCGCGAGCGAGACGCUCCCAGCGACGUAGAUGCUGUCUCCAGGCUCGUCGUUGCCGAGGCCCGGACGCUGGUGCAGGAUCAGCUCGGGCUGGGGCCCGAGGAUGUCGACGAUGCUCUGGACCUCAGCGGCCUCGGCCUCGACUCGAGCCGCGCCGUCGCCUUUUUUGGCCGGAUCAAGGCGCGCUACGACGUCAAGCUGGAAGCCUCUCUGCUCUUCACCACCGAGACCUUUGGCGAGCUAUGUGAGUCCAUCCGGGUCUCGAUCGCCGCAAGCCGGAAAUCGCACGUCGCCGCCAGGGUCGAUGCCGGGGACGCGGCCGGCAAUGGCGAGAUCGACGUCGCGCCGAUCGCACCUUCUCCAAUUGCCCAGCCCGCCAGCGAGCGCAUCGCCGUCGUCGGCGCUGGUCUUCGGCUUCCGGGCAACGUCAACAGCGUCGACGAGUUCUGGACUGCGCUCCAUGCCAACGCCGGAACUGGCGGCGAGCCCAUCUUCUCUCGCCUCAGCGACGAGCGACGGAGCUACCUCGGCAGCGAGGGCGAGCGCAUGCCCCGCUACCCCUGCGGCUGGAUCGGCAAGCGCGGGAUGGAGGACUUUGACCCCGCCUUCUUUGGCAUGUCGGACGACGAGGCGCUCCACGCCAAGCCCCAGCAGCGCCUGCUGCUCGAGGUGGCCUACGAGACGCUGCAGGACGCCAUGAUUGCCCCGCAGAGCCUGCGCGGAGCCCGCGUCGGCGUCUUCAUCGGCUGCUCGAACGCCGAUGGAUACGACGAGGUCAUCCGCCACGCGGGCGUCGACCAGCACAACAAGCACGCCGGCGCCAGCCUCAACCAGUCGGUCCUCUGCGGCCGGCUGAGCCACCACUUUGACUGGACGGGACCUUCGAUCACCAUCCAGACGGCAUGCUCCUCGGGCCUCAACAGCAUCGACCUGGCCGUCGCGGCGCUGCAGAACGGCGAGUGCGACUACGCCUUGGUCGGCGGCGUGACGACGCACAUCGGCGCCAUCACCCUGGGCUUCCUCGAGUCGGCCGGCAUGUCUUCGCCCACCGGCACAUCGACGCCGUUUGGCAAGAGCUCGGACGGCUACGUGCCCAGCGAAGGCUGCGCGCUCCUCCUGCUCAGCAGGCUCGGCGACGCCGCCGUCUCGUCGGACCGCAUCUACGGCUGCAUCGACGCCGCCACCAGCGCGCACCAGGGCCGCACCGCGACCAUGGCCACCACCAACGCCCGGGCGCAGCGGAGGAUGUACGAGGCCGUGAUGGCCAAGGCCGGUAUCUCGGCCGCCGACGUCGCCCUGUUCGAGGCUCACGGCACCAGCACCCCGCUCGGCGACAGCAUCGAGGCGAGCGCCAUCAUCGAGACGUUCAAGGGUCGCCCUCGCGGGCGGCCUCUGGUCGUCGGCUCGUCCAAGGCCGUCUUCGGGCACACGGAAGAGUGCGCCGGCAUCGUCAGCACGCUCAAGGCUCUGCUCUGCCUGCGUCGGGGCGAGGCACCGCCCCACCAUGCGGGUCCGAUCCGACAGCAGUCGCGCUGGGACCAGGUCCCCGCACUGAUGCGAUGCGACCAGACGAACCCACUCCCGACUGGCAAUCACAAGGCCGUCGUCUCGGGCAUCGGGUUCGCAGGCACCCUGGGCGCAAUCGUUGUCAGCCGAGCACCGUCAGAACUCAAUGACGCCGAGCAGGCCAUCAUCGAGGCUGCAGAUCGCGCCCAUCUCUUGCAGUUCUCCGCGCCGUCUCACCACCUGCUCUUCGAGCAGAUGCGGGAGGCCGCUCGUCUGCUGUCGCAGGGCGAGUGCAAGCUGGCGGACCUCGAAGUCAUCCUAGCUCGCGGACAGGACCAGCAUGCCCAUGGCCAGGCCAUCGUCGCUCGCUCGAGGGACGAAGCCGUCCGUCAGAUCGAGGACAGCCUCGCCAAGACACAGUCGGACUGCUUCCCCACGCCGGGCAGCUCCAAGGCGCAGCAGCAGCAGCAACAGGAUCGGCCGUACGCAGUCCAGUUCUCUGGCCAGGGCAAGCUCGAGCCAGGUUCGGGCCAGGACUGGUACCACACCAGCACCUCGUUCCGCCAGGCGUUCGACCGAGCGGCCGAGCGCAUCCUCGCCAAGUCGGGCUUGGACAUCAAGGAGAUCGUCGACGCCGCGCCACUGGCAUCCAACAAGGAACUCCUGCAAAGGCCCUCGGUCGCCCAGCCGUACCUGUUCGCCCUGCAGUACGCGAUGGAGGCCUGGCUGCGGUCCCACCUCGGUCGACCGCCCGUCGCCGCGAUCGGCCAUAGCAUCGGCGAGAUCGCUGCGGCCGCCACCACUGGGAGGCUCUCGCUCGACGAUGCCGUCGACCUCGUCUGUCUGCGCGGCUCCCUGUGCGACAAGGCUCCGGCCGGCGCAAUGGUCGCGGUCAAGUGCACUCGCAAGCAGGCCGACGAGGUCCUGGCCACGCUCGACCCGGCGCUCAACGUCGGGCUGGCCGCCCACAACGGACCGGACUCCCUCACCUUUAGCGGGUCCGAGGCUGGUGUGUCUGCCUUUGAGCACGAGGUCAUCAGACGCGGCUACAAGUGCACCCGCCUGCUCGUCUCCGCCGCCUACCACAACAGAAAGAGCCUCGAAGGUGUCGCCGGGCCUCUGCUUGACUGGGCGCCGUCGAAGACAAGUGGAGGCCAAGCGCCGGCAGGACCCACUCCCGCUUUCGUCUCGACCGAAGCUGCAUUCGACGAAGCCCAGGCGGGGGCGCUCGAUGGACCGCACUGGCACCGACACCUGCUCGAACCGGUCAUGUACGACGGCGCACUGGAGAGGCUGCACACGCAGCACCGUCCAGCCCUCGUCAUCGAGGUUGGUCCUUCGGCUCAGCUCACCGGUCUCGCCUCGCGCAAGCUGGCAAACAUCAGGUGUCUGGCCCUCGCCCGUCGUCCGACAGACUUUGAGCCUGUCCUGCUCGCACUUCAGUUCCUCUUCCACGCCGGCCUUCGCAUCUCCCGCCCGGAUCUCGACUCUCGACGUCGCGAGGCCCCGAGUGCUCCGCCCUCGCUGCUCUGCCUCUUCGAGCGGAAGCGAUGCUGGCCAGAUCUUCCGUCGAGCAAGGUCGACGAGGGUCACAGGCCUGCCUCGGCAGAUCAGCUUGGCCUAGGUAUCAAGAUGCAGCCGGCCGAGAGCGUCCUGCCUGCGAAGGCUCGAUCCGUCUCGGCAGUCGGCGAGGACGCUUCGGAGCAGCAAGGCGCCGGCGCUGCGCUGGCUUCUCGGCCUAGCGCGCUCGCGCUCGUCUGGACGCAGCUCUCGCGCACCGACGACGGCGUGAUGCUGCAAGCACAGAUCCCCAAAGAGGCGAUCGCGAGCAUUUUGCGCAGUGCCGAUGGCCUCGAGGGGGCCUUGCUUUCGGCCUGCAAGUCGGUGGACGCGCAGCUAAACGAGCUCGUCAGCAUCGAGCACGUCCUUCGCUCGAGCGCCGGCGUUGGCAAGCUACAGGAGGCGAGUGCUGUCCACUGCCUAGCCUUCUGCCCGCUACUCUCCGCCAACAGCCCUUCGACUCUCGCCCGCCUGUCGUUGAUCGCCACCGACAGCAAGCUCGCCCAGACGCCGAUCGCCACGGUCGAAGCCAGCAUCAGGGCCGCUACGACACUUUCGACCUGGCCAGCACCGACCUACACCAGGACCCGAUUCGUCACCGGCGGGCCACUUCCCACCUGCCUCAAGUACCUUGUCGAGUGUUCGCCGACAGAGUGGGAGGGCGUGGUCGAAGGGCAGGGGCCCAGCUGCCUCUCGCCAUCCGACAUUCUGGACAUCGCUCGCGUCGCUGAUCCAUCUUUCGACCUUCCGCUGUCCGUCGCAGCAUCCAGCCUGGCCAAGCUGUCGAGCGUCGCGCUCGACGCGCCCCAUCGGCUGUACAUCACUCGCGGGGACUCGUCGCUGAUGGUCGCGCUGGCACCCUGGGACAGGGCCAGCCAGUGCGUUUUCUCCGCCGAGAUCGAGGUUGCUGGCUCAGAUGCCGCCGACGAGAGGUCGACGCUGUUCCAGGUCGUGAAGCAGAGCGAGGUCCUCCCGGUCACCUCGGACGCUCAGGACGCUGCCUCUUCGAUGCCGGCCCCUUCAUCAGUGCUCGCCCGCGCUGCGACCCGCGCAGGAAGCGAAGCGGCCGACGGCAACCCGCUCUACCUGCCGCCGCACAAGAGUCGCCUGCACCACGGCAUUCUCAAGGCGCUCGACUCGGUCGCCGCCGUGCACUGCCGCAACAGCCUGCGCGACUUUGACGCGGAGACCGUCCAGCCAGCGCAGCGCAGCUACUAUGACUGGGCCAAGGACGUCGCCGCGCGCUCCCUCGAGCCCAGCACCUACGAGCUGACGGCCCAGGAGCGCGACGAGUACGCCUGCUUCUUCGAGGCCAUCCACCGCGUGGGCAAGCGGCAGACGAGCAUCUAUCGCGACAGCAAGGCCGCGGUCCAGGCCCUCUUCUGCCCCGACAUCCUCACCGACGUCUACCGCAAGACGGCCGCCGCAGAAAACAUCGGCAAGUCCAUCCCGCAGGUUCUCCGCCGCAUCGGAAGCCUGGCCAAGCAGUCCGGGCGAGACCGAUGCAGGAUCCUCGAGAUCGGCGCUGGCACCGGCCAGCUAAGCCGCCUGGUGGCCGCCGCCACCAAGGACGUCGAGAGGGAGCUCGGCGUUACCUUUGAGCUCGUGCUCACCGACGUCGCGCUCAGCAUGGCGCGCAAGGCCCGGCAGGCGGCCAUCGAUGUCGGCUUCGACCCGGAACGCAUCGUCAUCUCGACCGUCAACAUUGUCACGGGCGAGCUCGGCGCGGCCAUCGCUCCCGAUGCCGCCCACUUUGACGCCGUCGUGAGCGCCGACGUUCUGCACAUUGCCACCGACCUCGACAUGAUCCUGGGCGUCUUCCGUAGCCUGUUGCGCCCCAACGGGUGCCUGUACGCGUGGGAGCUCGACGCGCAGCUGCUCGAGUCGCAGGGACCGGGCGCCAUCUUCAUCGAGCACCUGUUUGGCGCGUUCCCAGACUGGUGGCCGCAGACGCGCAAGCACGCCGUGCUCACCGAGAAGCAGUGGGUCGCCCUGCUGGGACAGUCGUUCCAGACGGUCCACACCCACCACCCCGCUCUUGAGGGCGCAGGCUCCAUCCUGCUCUUUGCCGAAAAGGUACUCAAGGGCGAGCCGGCGCUCGGCGGAUCGCCUGCCUCUGCUCAAGGCCUCGUCGAGGUGUACACUCCGGCCACGGGCUCGUCCCGCGGGUCCUCGGUCGAUGCCAACGAGAACGGCAGGUACUCGUCCAGUGUGGGAACCACUGUCCAGUCUGCGUCUUCGCAGCCGUCCGGCGAUGCCAAACACUUCACGUCGAUCGAAGUGGCCACCGCCCCUGCCGUCAGCCUGGCAUCUGUCGUCGCGACCGUGCGAUCGGCGUGCGUGCAGGCUCUCGAUCUCAGCCAGGCGCCGGCACCGGACCACGAUCUCUUCGAAGCUGGCCUCGACUCGCUCUCGUCCGCUCAGAUCCUUGGCCGCCUGUCGGACGCUUUUGGCGUCGAGCUGCCACUCGACCUCUUCUACACCGCCUCGACCAUCAGCGUGGCCGCCAGGGAGGUGCUUUCCAUCAUCGAAGCCGCCGGACCAGCGUCGGUCCCUGAGGCUGUCGAGGGCGUCUCAGCUCAUGCACUCCUCGCAACAACCGAGUCAACGAGCGGUCAGGUAUCUUUGGACGCCAUCGCCGCGGUCAUCCGAUCGGCAUGCGAGCAGGCCCUGCAGCUCGACCAGAGUCUGGCAGGCGACCGCGACCUGUUUGACCUCGGACUCGACUCGCUGACGUCGGCCCAGGCCAUCUCGAGGAUCGAGAAGGCCUUUGACGUCGAGGUGCCCGUCGACCUCUUCUACACAGCAUCGACCGUCGAUGCUGCGGCGGCACAGGUUUUGGAGCUCUGCCAUGCCGAAUCCCAAGGCGCCGAGGCGGCGAAGGCCACCUACCCAGGUCUCGAAGCUGCACCUCGGGAGACGACGAUCGAGCGUCCACCUGCCGACGAAGAGCAGCUGCGCCUCGAGGAUGAAUGCCGACAGCUGCUCGCCGACCUCAAGGGGCGUGCCAGACAGCUCAACUUUGAAGCUCGACAGGCCGCACCCGCCACCACCAAGCGAACCGUGCUGCUCACCGGCGUCACGGGCACCGUCGGCUCGAACCUGGCCGUCUCGCUCGUCCGGCGCGGCCACUCGGUCAUCUGCUUGUCGCGCCGAGGCAAGUCGACCAGCGCUUACGACCGCCUCUACUCGCUCGCGGACGACAUCCUCGCUCCGGCCGACGUUGGUACGCUGCGAAUUGCUCUCGAGAGGGGCCAGCUCGAGAUCCUCGAGACGGACGACAUGUGCGCGCCAGGCCUGGGCCUGCGGGACGGCAUCGCCUACACCUCGCUCCUCUCGCGCGUCGAUGCCGUCGUCCACUCGGCCUGGCGCAUCGCCUACAGCCCGCGCCUCUCGGGCUACUCGCGCCACCUCGAUGGCCUCCUCAGGCUGCUCGAGCUGUGCGCGGCGUCCAAGCGCAUCAUCGAAUUCCACUUUGUCUCGUCGGUCGCCGCCGCCCGCAUCGCCAGCUGGGAUCCGACGGAGCUGCAAGCGGGUGCGCUGCCGGAAUCGAUCGUGGCUCUGGAGCCAGGCCUGCGCCUGACGGACAACGAGGCGUACGGCGCAUCCAAGCUUGUCUCUGAGGCGCUGCUGGCCGAGACGGUGGCCUCGCUGCCCAACGCGCCGCGCCUCGCCAUCCACCGCCUUUCGCAGAUCUCGGGCGACUCGCGCACGGGAUGGUGGAAGCCCAACUCGGAGGUGGCGCCCUGCAUCCUCUCGUCGGUCUCGUCGCUCGACGGCGCCUUUCUCGCCCCGCAGGCCGACGCCGACUGGAUCCCGAGCGACGUCUGCGGCGCCGCCAUGGCCGACAUUGUCGGCGCUGCUACAGACGGAGGGCCCAAGCGGAGGGUCGAAGUGUACCACCUCGCCAACCCGCACCGGCUGCGGGUCGACGAGUGGGCAGGGAUGUGGACGCGCAUCAUCAGCCACGGGCGCAUCGACUCGGCGCGCUUCCUCCGUCCCACCGCCUACCGCCGUGCCAUCGAGACGGCCCACGCCUCCUCAUCGGCGAAGCGAGGACAGGACGAGAACCCGGCGCUGCGCAUGCUGGCGUACAUGAAGGCGCUCGAGCGGCUCGACGAGCGUCGCACCGCCCUCGGCGUCGACCUGCCCCGCGAACCGCUCGACACCUCGCGCGCCCAGAGCGUGAGCCCCGCCCUCCGCGCCUGUCCCCGCAUCAACGAGACGCUGCUCCGCCGGUACGCCGACUCGUUCCGACGCCAGUGGACCGUCUAG